UCCAAAACUCUAGAAACCGUCAUUUGGUCUUAACGAAAUUUUAUGAAUAAAAAAGGUGUGAUUUAACCAAAACAAAGAAAGGGAGAUUUGAUCGAUGCAAAUACAAAGAGCGAAAGAGUGAAGAAGAAGAAUGGAUGGGCCUCCAGAGGAUGAUCUUUGCUCGAUUUGCCAUGGAAAUUUUAACGUUCCUUGUCAAGCGAACUGCUCACACUGGUUUUGCGGUCACUGCAUAAUGCGUCUUUGGGAACAUGGAUCCACAUUUCAAACUUGUAAGUGCCCUUUAUGUCGUCGUCGGAUUACUUUGCUUGUUCCUACCCGGGCCUCAGAACUAGAUCGUCAUAGCCCUUCUGUUGCUCACACUCUGCAACAGCUUGAAACUUACAAUCGCCGUUUUGGUGGCGGCUCCAACGGUCUCAUCCAGAAAAUUCAAGACCUUCCCUUUCUACUGCGGAGAUUGUUACGAGAACUGGUUGAUCCUCAAAGAUCACUUCCUCUUGUCAUCAGAGUCCGUGUUUAUAUUACAAUGAUACUUAGUGCUGUCUAUAUGCUGAGUCCCAUCGAUGUCAUUCCUGAAGGAAUUUUGGGGAUAGUUGGCUUGUUGGAUGAUUUCCUUAUAGUGCUAAUGGGGUUUCUCCAUGUUGCUGCCUUGUAUCGGUCGGUUCUGUAUUAUCGUCAUGCAGGAACAUGAACUGUCCUAGUACUAGUAGCAUGAUAUUAAGUUUACUUGUUUUAUUGUGGAUGCUAAAUAUGACAGAUUUAGAAAUGAUACAAACAAAUAGUUUGGAUAGGCAAAUAUAUGUUUUUACAUUUGCACAAUUUUACUGUAGGAUUUUGAUUUUGAGAUAGUAAUAAUUAAUAACUGCACCAAUGGAUUUUAUGCUUAGAA